GGAGACUUCGGUAGUUGAAAGAAUGAGGUUAGGGAGAAUCGGGCCAAAAUAAAAUAUGAACUUCACGGAAUUUCUCUGCUUUGUCUGUGAGAUAAGAAACUCUUUAUCAGCAACAAGUGUGAUUCUUUCUGAGACUCUAGAGUCUCCCUCAAUCUUCUAGACAAACUCAACAGUAAUCCCUGUGAAAUCGCAACAUUGUUGCUCAGUUUUAGACAUCUAAUCUUUAUCGAGUUUUUUUGUCCAUAAAUCAUAUCUCUGUAGCUCAAAAUACACAAUUAAGUGCUUCCAGUUGAGUUCCAAACGCCCUUGAAUCAAAAUCAUCUGCUGUGAGUAAGAAUCAAGCGAGAAAAUGGCUUCAAAACGAGUACUUUCCAUCCAAAGUCAUGUCAUUCAUGGAUAUGUGGGCAAUAAAUGUGCUACUUUUCCUCUCCAGGUACUCGGAUUCGAUGUAGAUCCCAUAAACUCUGUGCAGUUAUCCAAUCACACAGGAUACAAGCAUAUCAAGGGUCAGAGAAUGAAUGAUUCUGAACUUAAGGAUGUCUUUGAUGGGAUUGUCCUCAAUGAUCUCCAUGGAAAGUAUUCUCACCUGCUAACAGGUUAUAUUGGAACACCUGAGUUCCUCAAGAAAAUUGCGGAUGUCGUCAAGACUCUAAAGAAGGCUAAUCCUAAACUUGUAUUCUUUUGUGAUCCUGUAAUGGGGGACAAUGACAAAUUCUACGUACCUGAGUCUUUCGUUGAGAUCUACCGGGAUGACUUGAUCCCUCUUGCAGAUAUUGUCUCGCCCAAUCAAUUCGAGGCCGAACUCCUCUCAGGGCAGAAAAUCCAAACUGAAGAUGAUGCUUGGAAAGUUCUGGAUUGGUUUCAUUCUCGCGGAGUUCAAACUGCUGUGAUCUCAUCAACAACCAUUGGUGCUCCGGACAAUCUCAAAGCAUUUCUUAGUGAACUUCCCGAAGGAUCAGCUAAACCCAAGCGUUCGUCGCUUCUUAUGCCCAAAAUUGGAAAAGUUAACUUCACCGGAACUGGGGAUUUGUUUGCUGCGCUUUUCUUGGCUCACACAACAUCCUCCAAAGCCGCCAGCGAAGCUCUGGAGAAGACAGUAGCCUCCCUUCAAGCUGUCAUUCGCAAUACAGCUCAACAUUUGCCAUCUGUGAGCAAUCCUGAAACCCAGAUUGCUUCAGUGGACAGAGAAUUGAGGAUUGUGCAGAGCAAGAGGGACAUUGAGGAGCCUAAAUUUAUUAUUAGAGCCAUUGUUCAUUCUUGAACUGGACCUUAAUGAGAGGGAGAACUCAGCAAAAGACAAUACAAGAUUCCCCGCAAAAUAUUCAUCAAAACGUGGUAAAUAAAUAAAUUAUUAGGAGAUAGAUAACUUAAAUUGGAAUUAAAUGUAAAUAUUGUGAAUUAGAAAAAAAUGUUAAUGUUUUUUUUUUAGUGCAAAUUAUUGGACAAUAAAAUUCGUUGUGAAAGAUAUUUUGUAGACUUCUUCUGCUGAAAAUUGUUAAAAAAAAACUAAUUGAAAAUAAUAAGCAUGUUUUUGUCAAAAACAAUAAAUGUUUAUUUCACUUUAAA